AGAAAGAAGAAUGAGGUUAGGUACAGGCCACAGGGUUAAUUUAAUUUGGAUGUUCUUGUUUUUGAUUGUGGGGAAGGAAAGAAAUACGAAAUUAUAAAAAUCUAUCGAUUUUUGUUCUACUCAUAGACCUAUACUCGAUCAGUGUGAUUGUUGUUUAUAACCCAUGAAGGGUCAUAAUGUAUCAGAUUAACCGAAAAUCAUAUUAAUAGAGAUAUAAAAGUUCUACUUAUUCAUCUCAAUGGGAAGACUGAAGAAUGUCCCGAAAAGAAAACAAGAAUCUGAACUCAACUGUGGGUACUAUGAUUAUAUUCCAGCCAUAAAAAAACGGAGAAGGUCUAACUUCAAAAACAUACCCAUCACCAACAAAUUCUCCAAAAUCCAGUUGACUAGUGAAGAGCACAAACAAUUUUUUAUAGGCCAAAUCAACAUCGGAUAUACCAAUAAUGUUUUGCCCACUGAAUACAGUGAAUGCCAAGUUGCUUUCAGAUCUACAGAACAAGAAAAUGGUCAGGAAAAUGAUAUCCAAUUGUCAAAAUCAUCAUUCGAAACUAUUUUAAUACAGUUUGACAAACUUUCAAUGGUCAUUGUGAAGAGUUAUGCCAAUACUGAUCUAUUGAAAGAGAUAUUCAGCCAAAAGGUUUUCAGCUUUGAUUUCAAAAUAAUUGAGGGUGAAGUUCAUUUGGAAUUGUUUUUUACAACUCUACCACUGCCGAAAUUCCAUCCAAAACUUGGAAACUGUAUUAAAACUCUGUUCAAGUUAUUAUAUGGCAUAGAAACAGAUUCAGGCAAUGAUAUUGAUUCAAUAAAUGGCACACAUUUGAAUGGUCCAGCUGAAAUAGCUAAACUAUUUGAAAAAUUAUCUUCCAGGGCAAGAGAUGAAAUGUCAGUUAAUUUGAAAAAUGAAAAUGUUGAACAUUCUUGCUUGAUACCAAAACUUAGACCAUAUCAAGAAAUGUCAGUAAGAUGGAUGCUUCACAAAGAAAAACAAUCAUCACAUGAAUCAGAAUUAUUGCAUCCACUAUACACCACUGUGGAAAUGAAGUCUGGUUUAACAAUAUACCUCGACAAAUAUACAGGGUACAUAAACUUGGAAAAACCUCUGAUCCCCACAUCCAGCAAAGGCGGUAUUCUAGCUGAUGAGAUGGGAUUAGGAAAAACUGUAGAAUUACUUGCUUGCAUACUCCUUAACCCAAAAAUCGAAAUCAUCAAAUCAGAACACCCGCGCAGUCAUCAACUAAAAAUCGUGCACCAAUCGAAAAAACCCACAGUCAAAGUGGACGAAAACAAACCAUACAUCAGCCACCUAGACCAAGCUAAAAAAAUAAAAGUACCAGAAGACUGGGUGAAGUCUUCCAGCAGAAAGAGUGCCACACGCGUAGCUUUGGAAAUGUGGUACGACAACGUACUAUCGAAUAUCAGCGCAACCAAAGAAGAUGAAGAAGAAGAGAGAUCAGUGCAGUGCAUCUGCGGCAGUACCUCGGAAGAGGGUACCGUCGAAUGUGACUGCUGUGGCAAAUACCAGCACCAAGAAUGCUUGGGCUACAAGAAGUCCCUCGGAAGGUACCUGUGUCCUCAGUGUUGGAUGAACGAGCCCCUGCUGGAAAGUGGGGCUACUUUGAUCGUGACCCCCGCUACGCUUAGGGCUCAAUGGUGCAAGGAGAUUUGCAGGCACUUGCAGGGAGACUUGAAAGUGCUGCAGUACGACGGGUUCAAUGCCACUCCGGUCUAUCCCACGCAGUUGAAGCAGUACCACAUCGUGGUCACCACUUAUAAUGUGUUGCAGAAUGAAUUGAGGCUCACCGAGAAUGGACAGGCUAUCAGUUUGAGAAGAGAAAGAAAGUAUUCGCAUCCUGGCAGCCCUCUGACCAGGAUAAAAUGGUGGAGACUGUGCUUGGACGAGGCACAAACCGUCGAAACACCAGGUCGCAUGGUUUCUGCCAUGGCCAAAAAAAUCGACGCCGUAUAUCGUUGGGCCGUCACAGGGACCCCCAUUUCCAAAAACGUUUCAGAUCUAUACGGUCUGAUUGAUUACUUACAAAUAACGCCAUAUGAUGACGCUUUAACUUGGAAAAGUAUUUUGUACCAGCCUUAUGUCGCUGGCAACGAGAAGCCGAUGAUCGACUUCCUAUCACAAGUGCUGUGGAGAACUUGUAAAAAAGAUGUUGCUGAUCAAGUGAAUAUUCCGAAACAAUCAUAUAAAGAGCAUCUGUUGGAGUUCUCUGCGGUAGAAAAAUAUUUCUACAAAAGAGAACACGAACUUAUAUCUAAAGACUUUUUGUCCAAAGCAAUGAAAUUCGAUUCUACCUUACUUUUGGAAAAACUGGACAAGAGUUCAUUAAAAAAGUUACUAGCUCCUUUGUAUACCUUGAGACACACUUGCACCCAGCCAAAUACAGUGAGAGGCAGAUACUUGGCUACAAAGAAACAAGUGACAUCCAUGCAAGACUUGUUGAAUGCCUUGAUUUUGAAGAAUACCACAGACAGUGAAGAUUGUCUCAGAUUGAUAAUAUCUUCGUUGAAUGGACUUGCUGGACUUCAAUUACUUCUGCAAAAUCCCCAACAGGCUAUCGACUAUUACAGGCAAGUUUUACAAUUGAAAUCUAGAUUUUCCGAAGAACAUGGUGAAGCAAAAUUGACAGUCGACAAGCCGCAGGUGAUUCACACUCUGUAUAACUUGGCCGAAGUUUUGGAUGACCAUACGCCUGACCAGCCGACUUUGCGAGAUUGCGAUUUGAGGAAGGAUUGUGGAGAAUUAGAAGAAAAAUAUAUGGAGAAAUUCAUCGAUGAGUCUUUUUCUGCUUUCGGGAGUUUUAGUAGGAUGAUGAUGACUGUCGCAAAAGUACAAAGCGAGUUCAUUUUGAAAGAUGGCCAAUGGUAUUCGGAUGGACUGGAUUGGAUUGUGAUAAAUAGGCAUUUCGGGGAACUCGUCGAAAGAAUUCAUACAGCUUGUGACAAUGCCAGUGUUCCGUUUCAAACCAGCUUAAGAGCUACAAGCGAACGGAGCAUCUUAAAUCUGAUAUAUUCUUGGGAUGAUGAUCUGUCUCUCACUAGAACCAAACUGUUCGACUCGAUGGACACACUGUAUGAGUACAAACCGGAAGGUAGACAUAAGAUCGUGAUACAAGAGAAUAUCGUGACAAAAGCUAUGGACUGCCAUCUGAGACCCAACAGAAAAUCCAAGGUUGAAAAGUGCCCCUUGUGCAAAACUGAUGUGCACCUGAAAAUGUACGAAGGAAAAUUGUUCCACAUGAUUCGAAGAGAAAAGACUUUCGAGGACAUGUCAUUGAAGGGGAGCUGGAAACCAAAACAGGAAGAAUUGAUACUGAGAUCUAUGUUAGCUCUACUGAAACUUAAAAACUCUAAGUCGGAGUUGAUAAAAGAUGGAGAAACUCACAUCAUUAUGGUAGAAUCUCUCAAAAAGGAGUUCAAGGUACUUACAGUCUGUAUAAUAUUUCUUUGCGCUACAAUAUCUGCACUUUAUAAGAAAGCACUGAAAGUAUUGUAUCGCCUCUCAUUUGAUAUCCCAACAAAUGAUCUGUAUGCGAUAACAGAAAAAUUUUCAUUGGAUGAAUUAUAUAAAAUAGAUUCUCUUAAAGUUUCAUAUAAUAUAAUGAACAAUAAUCUGAAACCCAAUUUUGUUUUGGAACUUCGCAAAUUGUGGACGUUUCUGGAUCAACAAAUUUGCGCUCAAGACGAGCUAGAAAUUUGUAAAGUCCGCUUACAACUGAAAAGUGUGGAAGGAGUAACGAAAGAUACCCAAGUCUCUAGAAUAUUGAAAAAUCUCACCUUCAACCUCGCAAACAACAAAAACGAACAUGUCAAUCUACUCAGCGUUCAUGAGCUAGAUUAUCAGAAUUGUCUUCUGAGAAAUGAGCACAGAACUAGUUCGGACAAAUUGGAGAAACUUUUAGGCACUCAAAAAUACUUGGAAACCUUGCGAAAGCAACAGUAUGAAGGACAAAGUCCUGAUCCGUGUCCUAUUUGUAAGAAUGCUCUGGAACAACACUGGAGCAUUCUGCUGUGUGGCCAUAGUUAUUGUUUGGAAUGUAUCCAGGUUCUUCUAGAACAAACUGCUGGUGAUCAUAUACAAUGCUCAGUAUGCAGAAACAAACAAAAGUACCAAGAAAUUUCCUACAUCAAAGCCGGCAACACUGUAACAGAUGGCGAUUGUUCAAAAAUCAAGGGAAGUUAUUCCACGAAAAUUGAAGGUGUGGUAAAGUUGCUGCUCGACCUCAAGAAAGAUGAUCCGGAAGUGAAAGUUCUAGUAUUUUCUUCAUGGGUCACUGUGCUGAAAAGCUUGACAGACGCACUAGUGGAGAAUUCAGUUCGCUGUGAAAUGGCCCAAGGAGGAAACUUGGAAAAGAGAAUUGUCAACUUCAAGGAUUUAAAUAACGUUACUGCUCUUCUUUUACCUGUCAGUUUGGGCUCGAAGGGCUUGAAUUUGAUCGAAGCGACUCACGUUAUUCUCGUCGAACCACUUUUGAAUCCUUCCGAUGAACUUCAGGCUAUCGGAAGAGUUAAUCGGAUUGGCCAGACUAAACACACCUUUGUACAUAAGUUUUUGAUAAAAAACACCAUCGAGGAAAGUAUUCACCAAGCUACAACCUCGAACGCAGAAAAUUGGGACAAAAAUAAUGUGACUCUGCAACAUCUGGUGAAUCUUUUUACCGCUAACACUUUCGUGGAAAGCGAGGAAACACAAGGUUUCGAUGAAAUGUCAGAAACGGCAGAAGAUCACGCAGAUGAUGAUAUCAUUGAGACUGAACAUGAGGAUGAGAUUUUUACAUCGGAACCCUCUUGCUCCAUAACGUUUUGAUUUUUUUUUGAAACUUUCUGUGUCAGAUUAUUGUAACUAGUACACGCAUAUAUUGAAUUCCGGAAAGUUCUUGGCAUUAUCUCCUCGUAGAAUAUUGUAUUGAUGUCGAUUCAUGAAUUAUUUUAUUCAACAUUCCUUGAUUAUUAAUGAAUGAUUGUGAUUUUUAUACUAGAUUUUAAUUCGUCGACAUAUUUAUAAGAUUACAAGUAGAUGAUUAAAUUAACUAUUUUUUCACGUUUUUGAAGUGUCAAGUCUCUGUAAUAUUUAUUAUAUAUUUCACGUAAUGAUUAUGAUUUAUUAUUUGUCAGUAUUCAUCAAAUACAUCACGAAAAUAGAAAUUGAUGCCUAAUUAUGGUAUAGUUGAGGUACCAUACAUAAAUCUUGUGUUAGUAGAAUGCAUUGAAUAAACAUUUAUAUUUGC